AUGUCUUCAAAUGAAAACACUAAACCUUCACAUUCGAAUAGUAAUGCAUCUCAGAAACGUAUUAAAGUAACUAAUCCAGUUGUUGAAUUAGAUGGAGAUGAAAUGACUCGUAUCAUUUGGGCUUGGAUUAAAGAAAUGCUUAUCUUCCCUUAUGUUGAUGUUGAAUGCAAAUAUUUUGAUUUGGGUCUUGAAAAUCGUGAUGCUACUGAUGAUCAAGUAACUGUUGAUGCAGCACAUGCUAUUCAACAAUAUAAUGUUGGUAUUAAAUGUGCAACAAUUACACCCGAUGAACAACGUGUUGAAGAAUUUAAAUUAAAAAAAAUGUGGCUUUCACCUAAUGGCACCAUUCGUAAUAUUCUUGGUGGUACAGUUUUUCGUGAACCCAUUAUAUGUAAAACAAUUCCAUUGUUAGUUCCUGGUUGGAAAGAACCCAUUAUAAUUGGUCGUCAUGCAUUUGGUGAUCAAUAUCGUUGUCAAGAUAUGGUUAUUAAAAAUCCAGGACGUGUUACACUUAAAUAUGUUCCAGCUGAUGGUUCACCAGAAACAGAAGUUGAAGUAUAUAAUUUUAAAACUACCGGUGGUGUUACAUUAGCUAUGUAUAAUACUGAUGAAUCUAUAACUGGAUUUGCUCAUUCAUGUUUUAAAUUUGCACUUGAAAAAAAUUAUCCAUUGUAUAUGUCAACAAAAAAUACAAUUCUUAAAAAAUAUGACGGUCGUUUUAAAGAUAUUUUUGAAGAAAUUUAUCAAAAGCAAUAUAAAAAAGAAUUUGAAGACAAAAAAAUUUGGUAUGAACAUCGAUUAAUUGAUGAUAUGGUUGCUCAAGCACUUAAAAGUAGUGGUGGUUUUGUUUGGGCAUGUAAAAAUUAUGAUGGUGAUGUACAAUCAGACAUUGUUGCACAAGGUUAUGGUAGUCUUGGUCUUAUGUCUUCUGUACUUGUCUGUCCAGAUGGUAAAACAAUUGAAGCUGAAGCUGCACAUGGUACUGUAACACGUCAUUAUCGUGAACAUCAAAAGGGAAAAGCAACUAGUACAAAUCCAAUUGCAAGUAUAUUUGCAUGGACACGUGGUCUUGAUCAUCGUGGAAAACUUGAUGGAAAUGAAGAACUUCAACGUUGGUGUCGAUUACUUGAGGAAGCAUGUAUAGAAACAGUUGAUUCUCAAAAAAUGACAAAAGAUCUUGCUGCUAGUAUUCAUGGUCUUAAAAAUAUUAAAGAAGACAUGUAUUUAAAUACAAAAGAAUUUAUUAAUGAAGUUAAAGCAACACUUGAUAAAAAACUUAAAUAA